AUGGAGCCGUGCCUCUACGACCCUGCCCAAGUCCGUGCCACCCUCCGCACCACCACACACACCACGGUGGUGAGUAAGGGCAUGGUGCUCGUAGAUCCCUACCUAGGGGAGGAUAUGCGGCUCCGCCAGAGCUGCAAAAAGUUGGAGUGCGCUGGAGGCUGGAAGG